AGCCGGAAAUUAAUAAUACAAAAAAAGUAAGGGACAAAGAGAGGAGAGAUGGGGGAGGAGGGCAAAAGGCCGCAUUUUGGAACUUGAAGCAAGCAAUUUGCUGCAGUGCUGGAACUUCUCUCACUCACAGCCCUUCUGCCUUCUGGCCUCUAUUUAAAACUUUCCGUCAUCACUUAAGUUCAUUGUAUGGCUGAUGGGAUCUGUGUCUGAACACUUGGUUUCUGCAAGCUGCUCAUAUUCACAUCUCUAGUCUUUCUCAAGAGAUAUAUAGCAGACUGGUUUUUUUAAUAUAUACAAAUGAAGAUAUUGAAUUGGAUGCAAAGAAAGCUUAAUGGAAGACAAGAGAAAAAGAAACCAAUCCUAAUUAAUCUACCAACUGAUAAUCACCAGCGAGAACCCUGCAAAGAAGAAUUUAGGGACUGGCCUCUUGAAUUGCUGACAAUUGGGACAUUUGGUAACAAAAAUAUCUUGAAAGAAGAUCCAGAGAUCAACUCAUUGAAAAAGGAUGAUCCAGAGAUCAUCAAACCCCAUCCUCCGUCCCCCCAAGAUCAUUUGCAAGAUCUUACAACUGAAGAAGUGGGAAAACUUCAGAUAGUGCACUAUUUGAACAAUUUCUUAGUAUUGCAGGAAGAGGAUUCUUUUAAAUCAAGUUCAGUGGCAGAACUAGAGGCACUGUACAAAUUUCUCAAUUGCCCAUCAAACUUGGUGUUUGACAGAACAAAUGGUGAUGCGUUUUCUGAUGAAUCAACUGAGAAAGAGGGUCAUUCCCAACAUAACACAAGGGUGUUUCUCAGUAAAGGAAAAGAUGCUAAUUUGGAUAACAAAAAGAGUGUCAUUGGCAAAAGAUCAGUGUCUUUUCUCCUUAAGAAGAUGUUUGCAUGCAGUAGUGGAUUUUCACCUGCUCCCAGUUUAAGGGAUCCAGUAGUACUACUCCCAGAGUCAAAAAUGGAGAAGAUUUUGAGGGCCAUACUUCACAAGAAGAUAUAUCCUCAUAGUUCUGGUUCAAUGUCAUCCCUGAAGAAAUACUUGGAAAGCAGACAAAUGACAUCUGCCAAUGAAGAUGAUGAAAUACUGCAUGGGAAGACAAAUGAUGGAAGUAAAUGGGUGAAGACAGACUCUGAAUAUAUUGUUCUGGAGAUAUAAAUUACCUUUGCAUUGCUAUGGAGCCCUGAAAAUAUUAAUUAUGGGCUGUGACAGCAGGAAGAAUGAAUUAAUGUGCAGAUUUCUGUGGCGUUGUGUCAUGCUAACUUCGGAUCACCCGCAAAUUCAAACAUAUCAUUAAGCUACUCGCAGGGGGGGAUGGGAGGGUGGAUUUAAAUAUUCACCUCUAGCAUUCUACAAAUAAAAUAUCAAAGAAGGUGAUAAAAAAUUAUAGCAUAUGCAAUAUGCUGUUCUCUUGCUAGCAAAAUAGAGCUAGUACUUCUCUGAUAAUACAGCGUCUGGGGGAGUUCAAGUGAAGUGUCAUGGUACAUGAGAGGCAGCUGCUAGUAUGCUGUUAGCCGGUGUUAGUUGAAUUAGGUGGGAUAUAUUAACUAAUGGGGGCAUGUGUUUUGGUGAAUGAUAUUUCUCAAAAUAAUGUUAGUUUACUAAUUAAGUUGCUUGCCUUAUCAAACACCUACAUUCUUAUGCAUGUACUGAAAAUGGGCUUAUUGUGAGAUCUUGGAAACUAUGUUUUUGUAUUCCUGUUUUUCCCUAGUGUACAGCCAAAUAGAACAUUGAUAAUUAUUGAACUGCAAGAAUUGAGCACAUUAAUAUGAACAGGUUCUCCUUGAUGUGGUACAUCAACAUUGCCUUUAGGCAAAAACCUGCAAAACAAGACCAUGUCAGAACAGGUUCUGGCAAUGGCUCUUUGGUGCGUAAGUCAGUGAGGAUGCUUAGGACCCUUGAGUCUAGAAAGACUUCGAUUAGCAUAUCUUUCUCUUUACCCCUUUUUAUUUAAAUAUUCAUUUCAUUUCUAUGUAAAUCCCUUUAUUAUGAGAACCUUAAAUUUGAUCAUCUAUUUGAUAAGUCAACACCGUCCAUUGCUCCUCCAUUCAAGCCAUCCAUUGCUCCUCAAGUCAAGUCAUAAUUCUCUCAUUGAUUCUUGGCACCAAAUAUAUGGAAACAAUCUUUAAUUGCUCUGUAAUUACUGUGUGUGUUUUUAGUUGAUCUCUAGGAUUCAUUUCCUCUGUUAGUUUCCUUUUAUACUGUCGGUUUUACUUGUAUAAAGCUAUGUAUCAUUUAGAAUCAAAGACAAUGAGAUCAAUAUCUUCUCUUUAUUGUAUCAGAGCCCACAACUCUAUCUUCAUCUUGUUCUAGCUCUUCGACCAUGAUUGAAUCAAGUGAAGUCACGGUUAUGUCCAGCAGUGGAAAUCCUCUCCCCUUUCAUGCUGUCUCGAUCAACACAGCCACACUUAUUGCUCAUAAACUUUCCAAAGGAGGAAACUAUUCAAUGUGGAACCCACAUAUGACAAACCUUCUCCUUGGGUAUGAUCUCAUGGGAUUUGGAGAUGGAACUCAUCCACGCCCACCAGCCGACGAUUCAGAGUACAAAACUUGGAUUCGUUAAAAUCGACUACUACUUCUUGCUUUCCAAACUUCUGUCACUGAAUCAAUAGGGACGAUUGUAUCUCGGUGUAAAAAUGCUGAGGAGGCUUGGCACAAACUCAAAACUACCUAUCCCAAUAAAUCUAACACUUGGAUGGUUUGUCUCA